AUGACUGAGUCAGUAGAAUUGACAUCGCCAGAAACGCAAGGAACAAGCAGUGUGACUCAAUCCAGAGACCCAGAGAUGGUUGAGGGCAGAGUGGCGUCUCCAACUUCGACUGCAGAAGUCGAAAAUGCGCUUCUUGACGAUGUGGCGAGCGACGAGGAAACGGAUACAGUUUAUGCCUCUGUCCCAGGAUGCUCCUGCAACGAGGCCUGUCAACCGCCGGAUUUGCGUGCCCAGUUUGACGAGUUUGAACCUGACUUCAGAGAACGUUUGAUAGCGCGUAUGUUUGAAGAGCUCGAGGAGGAGGCUCCCGAGGAACUCGCGGCCACCGAGGACCAUACAGUGCCCAGCGUAAUCACUUGGCCCGAAGAGGAACAUCCGUGGGCGGUAGUGAUCGUCGAAAACUUCUUCGGAGGCGCGGGAAUUCCUUGA